CGCACAAAUCUACCUAUAAACCAUACAAAACCACCAGAAAUCGCCUUGAACCAUCUGUCACUCCAAAAAUGCCACCCUCAAAACCCGAACAGGCCAACAUGGCAGAAGGAAUUCCUAGCACCACACCUACAGCCUCGUCUUCAUCCUCAGCCUCGCGCCCCCAAUGCCUUCACAACCCUCAUGUCCCGCAAACGCCCCUCCACCACAUCCCCCACUUCGCAAUCGCAACCCCCUAAACGCGCCCCUCCCUCCCGCGACGGUCUGCUCGCCUACAUCACACACCCCUCCUCCUACCCCUCCACGCGCGUAAUCUACCACACGCCAUCCUUCGUCGCCAUCCACGACCUGUACCCGAAAUCCAGCGUCCACACACUGCUGCUCCCGCGCUCAGAAACACACAUGCUUAUGCACCCCUGCGACGCGUUUGACGAUGCGGAGUUCCUCGCGGGUGUGAAAGCUGAGGCUGCGAAGCUGAAGGUGUUGGUUGCGAGGGAGUUGAGGCGGGUGUAUGGACCUGGGUCGAAGGCGGAUGAGAAGAGAGAGAGAGUUUUGAAUGGGGAUGUUGAAGCGGAUGGGGAUGUGGAUGUGGAUGUAGAGUUACCACAAGGAAGGGAUUGGGAAAAAGAGGUCAUGGUGGGUGUUCAUGCUGGGCCUAGUAUGAAUCAUUUACACGUACAUGUCCUGAGCGUUGAUCGGUAUUCGGAGUGCUUGAAACAUCGGAAGCAUUAUAACAGUUUUGCGACGGGGUUCUUUGUGCCGUUGGAGGAGUUCCCGCUGGGCAGGGAAGAGGUAAGGAAAAGGUCGAAUACGAUUGGUGGGGAUAUGAAGUGUUGGAGGUGUGGGGAGAAUUUCGGGAAGAAGUUUAAGGAGUUAAAGGCGCAUUUGAAGGUGGAAUUUGAGGCAUGGAAGAGGGAAUGA